ACAAUAUGAACUAAUGAGCUGAUAGUGUUCGUUUCCGAGUAUUGUAGCCUUCCACCGUUUUUACAACAUUGUAGCGCUUUUAAUGUAUUUGUGUGCACUUUUAGUCUUUUGCAGAAUUAACUACUGAGGUACAAUUUGACGUUCUUUCUGCAGUGUUUACUACUUUGCUAUGUCGUUUAACUGUGUUCAUCUCCAUCUUUCCGACAGUACUUGAACGCAGCAGCAGGAGCUCAUCUGUUGGACAGGGAAACUAAUCAGGAGCCAAGUAAAGACUUUUCAGUACUGCUAGCUACUAGGUUAGCAAGCUUUUAAAGUCAGCCGUCCAGACGACUAAGGAAUACAGACUUUGUUUAUGAAGUACAGUGUCUCUUCUGUACAAUACACAACAUUCGAGCUAUGUUUUAGGAACACCGUUUUGUUGCGCUGAAAGUAGCAAGGCGGACAGCCUCUGUCCAGCUGAAGCUUGAGGCUAGCUCAUUAACGUUAGCUGGGAAAUAAGUGCAAGUGGAGGCAAGAAAAUGGAGCUGGACGACGUAGUCCUGUAUCAGGACGACUCGGGCAACUCUACCAUGAUGUCCGAGAGGGUCUCAGGUCUGGCCAGUUCAAUAUACCGUGAGUUUGAACGGCUAAUCGAAAAAUACGACGAGGACGUAGUGAAGGAUCUGAUGCCGCUGGUCGUCGCCGUACUGGAGAACUUGGACUCGGUGUUCGCUGUCAACCAGGAGCACGAAGUGGAGCUGGAGCUGCUUAAGGAAGACAACGAGCAACUCGUUACCCAGUAUGAACGAGAGAAGGCACUAAGAAAACACGCAGAAGAGAGGUACAUUGUCUUUGAAGACUCCCAGGAUGGCGAGAAGAAGGAUCUCCAGUGUCGACUGGUGAUGUUGGAGUCACACACACGUCAGCUAGAGCUAAAGACUAAAAACUAUGCAGAUCAGAUUAGCAGAUUGGAGGAGAGAGAAGCAGAGCUAAAGAAGGAGUAUAAUGCCCUUCAUCAGAGACACACCGAGAUGAUCCACAGCUACAUGGAGCACCUGGAGCGAACUAAACACCAGCAUGCAGUGACGCCAGCAGAGCCCUCAGAUACAGGCACAGGCACAUCCGCCAGGACACGGAAGGAGCGUCCCAUCUCCAUGGGCAUAUUCCAACUUCCUGGGACUGAUGGUAUGACCCCUGACCUCCAGAGAGAACCUGUGGACACUCCUUCUGAGCCAUGGAGAUUCAACAACCUUAGCCAUCCGCGGUCCAACACCAGCCUCAAGGAUGAAUUGUCCAAUGCGAACCGCGGAGGCUCCAAGUCCAGUACUCCAACCAGCCAGGGAAGUGUCUCCAAAAGUGGAACUCCUGUGUCUUUACAAGGUGGAGGAUCCAAAUCCAACACCCCCAUGUCCACUCAGGAUGGUAUCUCGAAAUCAAACACCCCCACAUCUACAUACAGCGCUAACUCUCAGUUCACCACACCACUAUCUCCUCAUGAAGGAUUGUCCGCCGGAAUGAGUCCUGCGUCCGGUGCCGGGGGUGGGUCUGCCUUUGCCACGCCCCUGUCUAUCGCUGCUUCCGAUGUUGCCAUGGAGUCUGUGGACACGCCCCUGCAGGAACAGGAAGUUUCGGACGGGCUCAAUAAGAACCUGGACAGGAACAGUGGAAAACUAGAGGGCAGUAAGAACAUCGCAGCGGUGCAGGAAGGACAGCAGGGUCAGCUUGGACAUGAUGGUCAGGCCUCUACACCCCUCAAAGGUGAUGAUGGAGCAGACAGCCUGGAGAAGUCUGAGGUGCAGGCCAUCAUAGAGUCCACUCCUGAGCUGGACAUGGACCUCGAUGGCUGCCGAGGAACAAGCACACCAUCUAAAGGUGGCAUAGAGAAUCUAGCGUUUGACCGUAACACUGACUCUCUGUUUGAGGAGCUGUCGUCUGCAGGAAACGACCUGAUAGGAGACGUGGACGAGGGAGCCGACCUGCUGGGUAUGGGUCGGGAGGUCGAACAUCUUAUCCACGAGAAUACCCAGCUGCUGGAAACCAAAAAUGCUUUGAAUGUGGUGAAAAAUGACCUGAUAGCACAAGUGGAUGAACUGUCUUGUGAGAAGGAGGGCCUGCGAGGUGAGCUGGAUGCUGUCAUUCAGGCCAAGACCAAACUGGAGGAGAAGAACAAAGAAUUAGAAGAAGAACUCAAGAAGAUUCGAGCAGAGCUUGAGGACGCCAAGCAGAAGGUCAAGAAUGACAAUGAGGAUGAUAGUGAUGUGCCUACAGCACAGAGGAAGCGCUUCACCAGGGUGGAGAUGGCCAGAGUCCUGAUGGAGAGGAACCAGUAUAAGGAGAGGCUGAUGGAGCUGCAGGAGGCUGUCAGAUGGACAGAGAUGAUCCGGGCUUCAAAAGAGAACCCAGCUCUUCCAGAGAAGAAGAAAUCCAGCCUCUGGCAGUUGAUGAGUUUCAGCCGUUUGUUCAGCUCGUCGGGCGGGGCGGCCAAGAAGCCGGCGGCGGAGGCCCCGGUGAACGUCAAGUACAACGCACCCACCUCUCAGAUUCAGCCGUCCGUCAAGAAGAGGAGCAGCACCCUGCAGCAGCUGCCCAGUGACAAGAGCAAAGCCUUUGAUUUCCUCAAUGAGGAAGUGGCAGCUGAUAACGUGGUGUCUAGGCGCGAGCAGAAGAGGGCUCAGUACCAGCAGGUCAAAGCCCACGUCCAGAAGGAGGACGGCAGAGUGCAGGCUUACGGCUGGAGUCUGCCUAAGAAAUACAAAGCGAAUGGUGGUCAGGCAGAGAGUAAGGUGAAGAAUCUACCUGUUCCUGUCUUCCUCAGACCACUGGAUGAGAAAGAUGCUUCUAUGAAGCUGUGGUGUGCUGCUGGCGUGAACCUCUCUGGAGGGAAAACCAGAGACGGGGGUUCGAUUGUAGGAGCCAGUGUGUUUUACAGUGACGUGCCUGGACCAGAGAGCCCUAAAAAGAAAAUAGGAUCUCAGAGCAGCCUGGAUAAACUGGAUCAAGAACUCAAGGAGCAGCAGAAGGAGUUGCAGCAGCAGGAUGAGUUGUCGUCGCUGGUUUGGAUCUGUACCAGCACCGAGUCCAGCACUAAAGCCGUUGUCAUUGACGGCAACCAGCCUGGAAACAUCCUGGAGAGCUUCUUUGUUUGUAACUCCCACGUCUUCUGCAUCGCCAGUGUACCAGGUGCAAGAGAGACAGACUACCCAGCUGGUGAGGAAGUAGCUCCAAACUCUGCGACAGAACCAGCAGGAGAUAGCAGCUCACAAUCGACCAAUAGCAGCUCAGCAGAGGGCGAUGGCAUGCUCGGAGGCAUAACUGUUGUUGGCUGUGAUGCUGAGGGGGCAGCAGCUGUUCCUCAGACAGCAGGCAGUCCAGGAAAAGACGCGGAAACUGAAUCCAGACCAGCAGAGGAAGCCACAGAGGCGACAGAGGCCAGUGCAGGGCCUGCUGACCAAAGAGAAAGCCUGAGGGGAGUCUACACCGAACACGUCUUCACUGAUCCACUGGGAGCUCAGCAGACAGCCGAGGCUCCAGCCAACUACUCUCAGAGGGAGAGUGAUCUGUUGAAAGAUGGAGUGAGUUUAAACCUCACCGCAGAGGAGCAGGACCUGAUGAGAGAAGAGGCUCAGAAAAUGAGCAGUGUUCUGCCCACUAUGUGGCUGGGGGCACAAAAUGGAUGCGUGUACGUCCACUCCUCCGUGGCUGAGUGGAAGAAGUGUCUUCAUUCAAUAAAGCUGAAGGACUCUGUGCUCGGCAUAGUGCACGUGAAAGGACGUGUACUGGUCGGCCUCUCUGAUGGCACUUUAGCCAUUUUCCACAGAGGAAUAGAUGGACAGUGGGACCUGACCAACUACCAUCUGUUAGACUUGGGGAGACCACACUACUCCAUCCGCUGCAUGACUGUAGUGCAUGACAAGGUGUGGUGUGGCUACAGGAACAAGAUCUAUGUUGUGCAGCCCAAAGCCAUGAAGAUAGAGAAGUCAUUUGACGCCCACCCUCGCAAGGAGAGCCAGGUGCGUCAACUGGCCUGGGAUGGUGAUGGUAUCUGGGUGUCCAUCAGACUGGACUCCACUCUCAGGCUGUUCCACGCUCACACCUUCCAGCACCUUCAGGACGUCGACAUCGAGCCCUACGUCAGCAAGAUGCUGGGUACGGGGAAACUAGGCUUCUCAUUUGUGAGGAUCACAGCUCUCAUGGUGUCGUGUAAUCGUCUGUGGAUUGGCACUGGAAAUGGAGUCAUCAUCUCCAUCCCUUUGACAGAGACCAACAAGGUAACCAAGGCAGCAGGUAACCAACCAGGAAGUGUAGUUCGUGUCUACGGUGACGACAGCAGUGACAAAGUGACAGCCGGGACAUUUGUUCCAUACUGCUCCAUGGCUCACGCUCAGCUCUGUUUCCAUGGUCACAGAGAUGCUGUCAAGUUCUUCACCGCGGUCCCAGGUCAUGCAGUUCCAUCUGCGUCCUGUGGAGCAGAGGCAGCGGGUGACAAGGCGACAGAUGCUGCAACUCAGGAAGGAACCAAGUCUGUGUUGGUGAUGAGUGGAGGAGAAGGCUACAUCGACUUUAGGAUGGGUGACGAGGAUGGCGAGGCAGAGGAGGGCGAGGAGCCCCGCAUGAAACUGCAGCCCUUGCUGGCUAAAGCCGAGCGCAGCCACCUCAUCGUCUGGCAGGUCCUGGCCAGCGAGGACUGAACUCUGACCUCUGACCCCUGAGGAAUGUUUUGCCUUUUUUUUCCUCAAACCCGCUGCCAUGGAGGAGGAGUUCAGGUGGACGACUCCCCUCUGCAGGCAUCAGUUUAAUCAGCACUUUUUUCUUCCUCAGACCUGAACAAUAAGAGUGAAACAAGCAAAAACUGCUCCGAGAGCUUACUCAGCGGUAAACUGGACUGGAGAAGUGCAAACAGAUUCACGCAAACUGCAUGUUAUUGUUUUAUUAGUUUUCUCUUAUUUGUUCUUUAAAAAAAAAAUGAUUUUCUGGAUUUGAAUUUCAAUCGGUUACAAUGCCUCUUUCUCUUUUUAAUAUUAUUUGAGGUAAAGCUGUUAUUAGAUACAGAACUUUCUGUUUGUUAUAUUUGCUCAACAAUGAAUUUUCCUCCUAACAUUUCCAGGUUCCCUUCACCAGUUCAGUUUUUGUGUGCUCAUGCUGGACUCUACUUGAUGUUAAAUCAGUUGGUCAAAGCAGAAAAAAGUCACCCGUGAGCUCCUCUGUUGUCCUUUAAUAAUGUAAGACUGGGGCAAUCAUGAGUGGGUGCCAAUCAUGUGGGAUUCGUUAUGAAUCCCAAAUCCUAUUUCAUGUUGUUUUUUGUUUUUCAUCCUUUGAGAACUUGGCUUUUGAUUGUAUGCAAGACAAAUUGAAUUGAUCGCCAGUUGUCUCUAGGUCUGGAUUUUUCAAAUGCAAUACAUCAGAUUCAUCUUGUUAGUGUCUGUUUGAGCAGAGGAUGGCCCCGUAUUUAGCUCAAUAUUGGAUAAGAUGUGAUAGUGGAAGCCCCAGUUUAUUCCUUUCGAGCAUGUAUUACCGACAUUCCAGUCACAGAGCUAAGCAUCUGAUUUUCUGAAAAAUAAAAAAUAAAAUUUUAAAAACCCAGUGGGUUGUUUAAUAACACACACUUCUGUUCUGAAGGUAUUCCCAGAAUCCUCAAACACUCUUCUAACCAUCUGAAUGAAAAAACAUUCUGUCUGCUGCCUGAUUAAAAAAAGAUUUUUAACCCAUUUCAGAUUCUGGAAAUACCUUCGGCGCAGUGGUAAGUGUUGUUAAUUUACCUCCUGGGUUUUUAGCUCAUUUAUAGAUCGAAAUGUCUGUUGCUUGGUCCACAACUUUGGUCCAAUCUGAAAUAUCUCAACCAGAUUUCAUGGUAAUUCAUCCAGGAUGAAUUGUAAUAACUUUGGUGAUCCUCUGACUUUUCCUCCAGCACUACCACCAGGUCUAAAUUUUAUUUCGUCUACUUUGGUUUAAGACCAAAUACCUGCAAAACUAAUGACAUUCCCAUCAGCCUCAGCUGCACUUUGUGUUUAGCGCUAAUUAACAAAUGUUAGCGUGCUAACACACUAAACUAAGAUGGUGAACAUGGUAAACAUUAUACCUGCUAAAAAUCAACAUGCUAGCAUUGGCAUUGUGAGCAUGCUAACAUUAGCAUUUAGCUCAAAGCACAGCUGCGCCUAAGUACAGCCUCACAGAGCUGCUAGCAUGGAUAUAGACUUUUACUCUUGUUCAAAGAUGGCUGGGUAAUUAUUUUUCCGAAGAUCAGAUGCUUAGCUCUGUGACUUGAAUGUGAUGAUAAUACAUUAGAGGCACAAACGAGAGCCUAACUAACUCAGUAACUGACAUAAUUCCAUUCACAAAACCCUUAAUUAUGAAAUGAAAAGCUGCAGCUGCUGUUACAUCUACCACCACACGCUGUAAAUCCUCCCUUCCUUUGAGUUAGUUUUGGUUGUAUUUAAUCCAAUAUUACAUGAGGAUGCUGUAGAGUCCUCUGCUCACAGUCUACCCACCAGCUCCAGCUUGUAGAAACUUUAAAAAUAUGCCUUAGGUAUCAAGGGUUGAAAAGACUAACUUACAGGCUUUUCAAGUGUGACAAAGUAUUUAUUUUUUUCUUGAACGAAUGUUACGUUUGCUACCAAAGGAUAAAGAAUUAAAGAUUGAUAGUUUGCCACAUGCUGAAACAAUACUAGUGUCUCAUCUAACAUGACACCUUUGAGCAGCGUGUUUGAGUCUGCCUCCAUGUAGAUAACAUGCAAGUUUUUGUAACAGAAAUCCUGGUGUAUAGAUAAGAUAUAUUUUUAGACUUUCAUAUUAGGACAUUGAAAUAUUUUCAGGGUGUGAGAGAAGAGAAUGUGCUGGACCGGUUACUAUGAGAGGAUAAAACAAGCCACACUGAGGAUUACAUAACCCCCCUCUAAUCCUUAUCUUGACAUUUAGAGGUCGAAAUUCUAACAUUGACAUUUUUGGUUUUGUGGUGCUGCUCUGCCCCCUUUGUGCAAAAUGAUGUUUAUUUAAAGUUCUCAGUGAUAUCUCCUCCUGACGGCAAAAUGAUUAUUUCAGAAAAUGUUUUUAAGUCUAUUUUUAUGAACUUUUUUUUUUUUAAUGUCUUUUAGACUGUACUCUCAGUACAGUUCAAAAGGUGUUCAUUUGGGUGUAAUAUGAGACUGUAUUUCUGGCUUGUGUGUGUGUGUGUGUGUGUGUGUGUGUUCUCUCCAGGACAGGAGAGAAAUGUUAUUGCAGUUUAGCCAUUUCAGUAUUUAUUUACAAUGAUUGAGCCUUUGCAAUUCAGAAUGUAUCUUUGUACAUUGAAUAUGAAUAUAUAUAUAUAUGAUUAUAUAUGUAUGAAAAUGGCUUGGGUUUAUUGUUUUGACAACAGUUGUUACUGUUGAAAUGAUAUGAUUUUGUUUUGUAGGGGUUAAAUUUACUCUGCUAUGCACUAUGUCUCUGAGGGGAGAGGAGUGAGGGGGGGUUUGCUUCAGACCCGUUUUUUAUUCUUGAAGUAGAAACCCUGCAGCCUGUGCACAGACCCUGAUGACACAAUCAGUUUUCAACUCUAAUGCAGGAGAAAAAGUCAAGCUGAAGUCACUGAGUGGGCAACUUCAUCCCACCACUCUCGCCCUCUCAUCUACAUAUGCGCCAUUAACUUGGCAGAGUCUCUCUGUUGCAGGUUAGCGGUACACACACACACCAUCUUGUACUUCUACAGCAUCUCUAGCCUUACUUAUUUUUAACAGUCAAUUAAAGCAACUUUUGUGGGUAAGUUUUGUCUGCUUGUAAUGUUUAUUUUGCUUCAUCAGAAAUGAUUCAAACCUAGUCUAAGAUUUUGGGAUGCACUUUAGGGCUGAAGCUUUUUAGAAGUUUGUUUUACCGUCUCUGACUUCGACCUUGCAGCGCCACAGUAAACUCACCAGUAAACAAGCCCCUCCAAAGGCCUGUUUCAGAAAGCAACAUUACCAGUUAAACCAGGCUUACUUCACUAAACCAGGCUCAUUUUCCAUUCCAUAAGUAAGUUUAAAUAAGUCUGACUUAAGUAACCAUGGAAACGUAUCCCUCCAGACUAGCCUGGUCUUGGUCAGGCUAGUUUUUAGGCUUAGCUUCACCUUAGACUUAACCAGGGUUACAAUCAAUCUGACAGACUGAAACAGAGUUUUCUCCAAAAUUCUGCCCUAAAGGUUCCUCUUUACUGCCGCACUGUGAGCAUCAGUCAGAAUGUGUCAAAUGUAUCAUUUUGAACUGGGCUGCACUUAUUGCCUGCUUAAAAUCUGACCUUUUUAUUUUUGAAAGAAUCAAAGUAUGUGCACACUAUUGCAGUCAACAUGCUUUUAAAUGCAACACACUUACAAUAAAGCUAAUAAAACAACUUUGACCCAUG